AACAAUAACCUGUCUAGCGCUGAAGCGCCCCCCAGCAAGCAUGUCGAUCCUAUACUUGAACAGCAUGCCCACGAUGCCGAUGAGGCCCUCAACGCACUGCAGGGGGAAUUCAUCGAGAUCGACGAGGAGACUAACAAGCGCUUGCUGCGUAUCAUCGAUAGACAUAUGAUGCCCAUUAUGUGUUUUGUAUAUGGCAUGAACUUUUUGGAUAAGACAACCUUGUCCUAUGCAAGUAUAAUGGGCUUGGAAACCGAUCUCAAGCUCAAAGGUAGCGAGUACCAGUGGCUAAGCAGUUUGUUCUACUUCGGUUAUCUGGCGUGGGAGUAUCCCACGAGUCGCCUGCUGCAACGACUUCCCUUGGGGAAAUAUUCCGGGGCAUGCAUUAUCAUCUGGGGGACCAUUCUCAGCUGCUUCGCGGCAGUGCACAACUUCUCCGGCGCGGUUGCCAUCCGAUUCAUGCUGGGAGUAUUUGAAGCGGCGGUGACGCCGGGGUUUGCCCUUUUGACUUCUCAGUGGUACACGAAGAAAGAACAAGGCAGCCGCGUCGGCAUCUGGUUCAGCUUCAACGGAUGGGGCCAGAUACUAGGCGGCCUUGUCGCGUACGGGAUCGCGGUCGGGACACAGAAGCACGGCUCCCUGGUCGAGCCGUGGAAGAUUAUCUUCCUGUUCACGGGCCUGUUGACGGUCUGCCUCGGGGUGAUCUUCUUGUGGAUCGUGCCGGACAACCAGCUGAACGCGCGCUGGCUGAAGAAGGAGGACCGCCUGUUGGCCAUUGCCCGCGUGCAGGUCAACCAGCAGGGGAUCGGCAACAAGCACUUCAAGCUGUACCAGGUGCGCGAGGCGCUGACGGACCCGAUGACCUGGGCGUUUUUCCUGUUCGCGUUGAUCGGCGACAUCCCCAACGGCGGGAUCACCAAUUUCUUCAGCCAGCUCGUCGUCAGCUUCGGCUACACCUCCGAGCAGAGCCUGCUCUACGCAGCCCCCGGCGGUGCUGUCGAGGUCAUCUCCCUCGUGGCCAGCGGCUACCUGGGCGACCGCUUCGGGAACCGUAUCCUCUUCGCCUCCUUCGGCCUGGUCUGCGCCAUGCUCGGCAUGAUCCUCAUCGUUGCCCUGCCGCUGUCCAACAACAUCGGCAGACUCUUCGGAUACUAUCUUACCCAGGCAGCAGCAACCGCCUUUGUCGCCCUCCUGUCGCUGAUCUCAUCCAAUGUCGCCGGGUACACCAAGAAAACGACCUUUGCCGCGCUUUAUCUGAUCGGAUAUUGUAUUGGGAACAUCAUCGCAGGUCCGCAAACCUUCCGACCAAAGGAUGCCCCGCGGUACGUCCCGGCCGAAAUCACCAUCAUCGUCUGCCAGGGCUUAUGCUUGAUGAUACUGGUUUUCGUCUUUUGGUGGUACAGACGCGAGAACGCCAGAAAGGCUCUCAUUAGAGCAGGACCAGAAUACGUCAAGCUGGAGAACCAAGAAUGGUUGGAUCUGACGGACCGGGAGAACCACGAGUUCGUGUAUACUUUGUGAUGUAUUGAAGUUGAAGUUGAACC